AGAUGGCGGGGCAGUACUCAAAAGCUGUAGUACACAGGGAGGGCGGGGUCAGGCCCCAUGGGAAAGGGCAGGGGUGGCAGGGAAGGUUUGAGAACCCAAGCUUAUCGUCAAGGCUUAAAGGAAAGUACCACAGUUAAGGAGGCGAGAGAAUACUGGUGGUUUAUAUAUAUAGAGAGAGAAAAUUAAUGUUUUUGAUUUUCAUUUUAGAGAGAGAGAGUGAGUGAGUCAGAGGUUGAGAGUUGAGUGCGUUGGGUGGGAGAGAGAGAGAGAAGUGGGGUCUUGGGUUGUGCUGGAAAUCAUAUUGAGAGAGAGGAAGAGGGAAGUGGGGUCUCGGGUUGUGCUGAAAAUCAUCUUUCUUCAUAGAGAAGAGGGGAGAGAGAGAGAGAGAGAGGUGGUCUUUUUGGGUUGUGGGCUUUGUGCAAAAUUCAUCUCCUAUCUUUUAAGACUCUAUUUGGAUUGGUGGGAGGGGAAAGGGAAUUGUAGUUCCCCUUCCUUACCCUCCCUCCCUCUUCUUUUCCCCUCUUUUAAUUGCUGCAACUUCACUUCUCACUCACUCUUUUAUGGGGUUUCUGAUUUCUCAGUCUCUUCCUUGAUGGAAGGUACCAUCCCACACUGAAAGCCCCUGCUUUCAUUGACCCCCCACCCUUCUCUCUCUCUCAGAACAAAACAUUCAUUUCCAUCUCUCUCUCUUUUCCCCCACACAAAAACCGAAUAUUUCCUCUCUCCUCUGAAAGCCCAACAUUCAUAUCAUCCCUAUCUUUCUUCUUCUCUCUCCUCUAGAAACCCAACACUCAAUUCCCAUCUCCUUCUCCCCUCCCCUGUCCUCUCUGUCUCUGAUAACAGUCUCCAAACCCCUUGUGGGGUUUACUUCUCAUCCACACUCCAGACAUGGGCAGCGGCAGCUGCCUUCUCUGCUCCUUGGGGCACGCAUACCUCGGUUAAUUCACACAUACUCUCUGUCUCUCUCUCUCCUCUUUCUAUCUCUAUAGAAUGAGCCACAGUCAGUAUUGCCAGGCCCCUUUCCUUUAACAACCCAAGCUGAGAUCUUUCAGGCAUGGGCUGAACUGCCGUUGCUUCUUAUUUUCUCUCUCUAACUUUCUCUGGCAUUGCUCCUCUCCUACAGAGGAUUUGGGUAAUGGAAUUGGAGAACCUGAUUGAUGGCACUUUCACCCACAAGAGGCACCAGGUGUUGGAGCAAAGAAGGACACAGGAAGAGAGAGACUAAGAAGAAGAGCAGUAGGUUGAAGAGGAAGAAAAAAAAAACUGGAAACCAGUUCAAAGAGGGCUUUGGGGAAACAGAUUCAACAGACCCACCCAUCUCCCCAAGCUCCAAAUUUUCCCGAAGAGUCGAGCCCCGAGAUAUCCAAGAAGAGAGCUUCCUUUGCUGGUGCUUCCACUGCUGCCAUUGUAGAGACAGAAGAACAUGCGUGGUUUAGUGAGAGAAUGGGAGAGAGAAGAGGAGGGAACACAGUAGGAGAGAUCGUGGAGGUUGAAGGGGGCCACAUUGUUCGAUCGACUGGUCGAAAAGAUCGACACAGUAAGGUUUGCACGGCAAAGGGACCACGAGAUCGAAGGGUUAGGCUCUCUGCUCACACUGCAAUCCAAUUCUAUGAUGUUCAAGAUAGGCUUGGCUAUGAUAGGCCCAGUAAAGCAGUGGAUUGGCUCAUCAAGAAGGCCAAACCAGCCAUUGAUGAGCUUGCUGAGCUCCCUGCUUGGCAGCCCACCGCAGCCAACCUCCAAAACCCACACAACAAAGAAGUUGCAGAGCCAUCUGUAACCAAAACCAGAGCCAGGUCGAGCUCGAGUCCAAAAACCAUCACCCAAAACCUCUCUCAUUCCCAUUCUACUAGUAUUGCUGCCCAAUCAAACCCACCUUCCAGUUUCUUGCUCCCUCCUAUGGAGACCGAAACCAUGAAACCCUUUUCUUCCUCUGCUUCUUCUUCAUCAGUUGGGUUCUUGAACCAGGUCCAAAACUACCCACCUGAUCUUCUCUCUAGAAGCAACAGCCAGGAACUUCGUCUCUCUCUACAAUCCCUUCAUGACCCCCAUCACCAGCAAAUGCACCCAAUCCUUAUUCAACCACCGGCUCAGAACCCGGCUUUACAAGCUGGAAUUUUCCGAUUCUCCAAUGAAAAUCCACUUCCAAUUCAUGGAGAACAGGGCUUGUUCUGGUCAGAACAGCACCACCCGGAGUUUGGGGCUGCUCGGUUUCAGAGAGUGGUGGCUUGGAAUUCAGACCCAUCAUCAUCUUCUUCUUCAUCUAUUGGGUUUGUGAAUUCAAGAGAUGUGUUUAACAGUAACCAGUCACCAAUUAUACCGAGCUUUGGUCACCAUAGCUCCUUCACCAAACAGAGGGGACCCCUUCAGUCCAGUCACUAUCUCCCUAUUCGCGCCAGAGAGUUGCCUCCUGUGAACAACCAGAUGGCUUCAGAUAUGCCUAUGGUGUCAUCGGGUUUUUCUUCUGGUGGGUUCUCUGGUUUCAGGAUCCCAGCGCGAAUUCAGGGUGAAGAAGAGGAGCAUGACGGUGUUACUGAAACGUCGGCUGCUGCCUCGACUUCUCGCCACCCUUGAGAGCCUAGAACUUUCUUCGGGUCGAGAAGAAACAAGGAAACAGUGCUUGUUUUUCUUCAAUUGGCGUGCUCUGUUGCUGAUGCUCAUUGCAGAGUUUGCUACUAGAAGAUUGGUACUUUAAUUUAAUGUUUUCUCUUCACUUGCCUGUUUCCGUUAAGACUUGUUGCCUGUGAUGCUUUGAUUUACUUUAAGAGCCAAAAGUACUCCUGUUUUGAUUCUCAAGGACAGUUUGGAUGAGCAAGACACUCUCAAAACUCGAAAAAUUACUUAUUGAGCUUGGCGCUCUUCAUUCUGUGCUCCCUUGACUUAUGUAUGUUUGACUUGAUAUUUCUAUUUAGGAAUUGGCUCUUGUUUUAGGCCAUUCCUAUUAAAUGUAAUUUAGUGGUGGAUUUCAUUAAAUUUUCGUU